UGUGAAAAAAAUAAAAAUAAAAAUUUAAUAGUCAUAAAUUUCUAAUGAAAUAUAUAGGGAAAAAAUAAAAAAAAUGAAAAACUGAAAACCCAAUUAUAUUCUCCGUCGGCUUCUCUGGUUCGAUUCCUUCUCUUCAGCCUUCAACGUAUUCAGCACGACCGGCCCAAACUUCAACCCCAAACGCGACGAAUCGGACCCACAAUGUACGGAGGCUCCGGGAAGCUCGGCCGAGGCGGCGGAGGAGGAGGGGGUGGAGGCCGAGGCGGGGGCGCCGCCGCCGGCAAGCGCAACAUCCACUCCACCUUCAACCCUUCGCCUCUCCACCGCCCCUCCGCCGCUUCCGGAAGUCGCCUCUCGGUUAGUAGCGGCGCUGGCCCUCGCAAUCGCAGCGGCAAUUCCGGUGCCACCACCUCAGCCCCUCCUGCGGCGGAAGAGACUUUCAGUCUUGUCACCGGCAACCCUCUCAACUUCGCCAUGAUUAUACGGCUCACGCCAGACCUCGUCGAGGAGAUCAAACGCGUUGAGGCACAGGGCGGUACCGCACGGAUCAAAUUCGACUCUAAUGGGAGUAAUUCGUCUGGAAACGUUAUUGACUUAGGUGGUAAGGACUUCAGAUUUACAUGGUCGCGCGAAAUGGGAGACCUCUGUGACAUAUAUGAAGAACGUCAAAGUGGUGAAGAUGGAAAUGGCUUGCUCGUUGAAUCUGGGUGUGCCUGGCGCAAAUUGAAUGUACAUCGUAUCUUGGAUGAGUCAACUAAGAACCAUGUUAAAAUGCGGUCAGAGGAAGCCGAGAAAAAGCUCAAAUCACGCAAAGCCAUUGUUUUGGACCAUGGCAAUCCAUCUAUGAAAAGUCAAAUUAAGGCAUUGGCUGCUGUGGAGGUUAAUCCAUGGAGAUUCAAACAAAAGAAAGAGCCUCCAUUCAAGAAGCGAAAAGUCGAUCCACCUCCAGUUGCUGUUGGAGGCCCUCCAAAAGCUGCUAAUAAAUCUGGAUUGUUCUCAACAACUCCUGCAAAGGGCAGGCACUCAGUUUCACCUCUACCUUCUCCACCCGAGCAUUCUAAUACUCUGGCAUCUCCAUUCGGAGCUGGAAAUCUUACAAAGGGUCUAACAAGUGUAGAAGAUGUUCCACCCAUUUCAAGUACUAGUAAAGAGAAUGUUACCAGCUUUGAGAAAGAAGUUCCCGGCAGGACUAUUAGUGGAGCAGUACGGGAAAAAACAGGACUAAGAGGAAAUUUGGGAGCUAAACAAAUGGAUUUGCAAAGUAUGCUAAUUUCUCUGCUCAUGGAGAACCCCAAGGGAAUGAGCCUAAAGGCCUUGGAGAAAUCUAUUGGAGAUGCAAUACCCAAUUCUGUAAGGAAGAUUGAACCGAUAUUAAAAAAAAUUGCUACUUUCCAAGCUCCAGGAAGAUAUCUCUUGAAACCAGGAGUAGAAUUGGAAAACUUCAGGAAACCUUCAUCAGAAAGUGGAAGCUAUUCUGAAGAUAGUCAUCACCAAGCACCUGUGCCUGAAGACAACCAUGAUCAAAUACCUGCUGCCAAACAGGACUGUGCAGAAAAAGCUGCUAUUAAGGAGGCGGAGGAACAGGCGGAGUUGAAUACUAAAGUUGGAGAAGAAUCAGAUUCUUUGGAUAAAAUUGAUAUCCAAAAUCAUUCACCUGACCGUUUUGGUGACAAAAAGGUUUCUGACAACAGUGAAGGGCCAGCAGGUAGCUCUAGUGACAGCGGAAGUGAUAGUGAUAGUGACAGCGACAGCAGUGACAGUGGAAGUGACAGUGGUAGCCAUAGUAGAAGCAGAAGCAAAAGUAGAAGCCCAGUGGGAAGUGGGAGUGGAAGUAGUAGCGACAGUGAAAGUGAUGCCUCUUCUAACAGCAAGGAGGGGUCUGAUGAGGAUGUAGAUAUUAUGACAAGCGAUGAUGACAAAGAAUCCAAGCAUAAGAUGCCAGAUUCUGAACCAAGGUUCUCUAGAUCCCCAAUUCCAUGGAGGACAUCGGAUGCUGAACCUUUGCAAAAUGAGAGUGAUGACAAACAAGAUGGCCAUGGCUUGGACAUAGUUGAAAUCGAGAAGGAUUUACCUGAUGAUGAUCAGAAGAAUGAGAUGGCUAUAAUUAGUAAUUCAACUCCUACUGAAGAAGGUGAAAAAGCUGUAGAAGAGAGUCGAGAGAACAAAUAUUCUUCACCUGAUCGUCAUGAGCAUCAAGAAACCCAAGUCUAUACAGGAAAGUUGUUCUGCGAAAGAGGAAACAAGGAUGCGUUUAAGCAUGAGCAGUCUGAUAGCUCUGAGAGAAUAUCCAAGGGUAAAUCCAAAAGAGUUUCAGAUUCAAAGCACCUUACUGAGAAAUCAGAUCAUGCUAAAAGAGUAAAAGCAGGAAGCUUGGCUCAACCACAAAGUUAUCAGGAGAGGGACUCCCUGUUCUCAGAGAGUCCUCAAAGAUUUUCUCCUAAUAGGCUAAUCGACGACCCUUACAAGGGUCCAUCCAUGACAAAUCGAGCCCUCAGGGAUGGAAGUGUUGAUUCUGGCUUACAAAAAGGUUACAACCAAGCAAUCCCUGGAAAACCUAUUUCUGAUUCUCAGCAAUCAGACCGAAGGUCUAUAGAUCUGAGUGUGCGGGUUAAGGCUCCUGAUCCAGCUGAAAGACCUGUUAAACACGCUGAGAGCUUGGGACGCGGAGUUAAGUUUUCUGAGAGGAGCCUUCAAGUGAAUGAAGGUUUUCCCAUCCAGAAAGAAAAAGUUCAUAGAGGAACUCACUAUGAAGAUGGUUAUUCUGAGAAAAAGCUGCCAAGAGGUUCAAAGGCAGAUGGUGUUGGAGACAAGCACUUGGCACCAGCUGACUCCCGUUAUGCAAAAUAUGAAGUGGUUGGUAAAUUUAAGGAGGUUGGACAGGUUUCAAACUCACAUACUAUUGAUAACAGAUCCGAUGUGGACAGAUCCCCUGUUAUUAAUGGGAGAGGCAGCAUGCUUAGAAGAGAGUUGUCAGACUUAGAGUUAGGUGAACUUCGUGAGCCGUUGCCUGAAGAAACAGCAGGGGUUAAGAAGCAAUUUGAAAGAAAAAGUUCCUUCAAACAGUUGGAGAACAAACCAAGCACUUCUGAUUACUGGAACUCCGAUUUAAGUAAAGGAAAACCGGCUGGAAAAAUAUCUAUAGAUUCUGUAAAGCAUUCCCCAGGCCAUGUAAGGGCUGAGGUUCCCAGCAAUCCGGACAGCUCAUCAUCUAAAAAGACCCCUGAAAAUCACAUUGAAGAUUUAACAAGACCUCAGAAUAGAAUUGUGCAACCUCCGUCACAACUCAUUUCAAGAGUAGAUCAUGCUGAAACCGUGUCCCACUUUGACAAAUUCGCAGAUGAGAGUAGUAAAACUAGACAUAAUGCACCUGGAGUGAAUCAGAAUAUUGUGCCGGAAAGGUUUAGAGAUACUAAUAAGAAAGCGCUUGGUGGUGCACCACAACAGCAUGACUCUAAACGAGGAUUAGUUCCCCAUUCCAAGAAAGGAAGUAAAAUGAAAAAAUCUAAUUCAUUGGCAGACUUGAGUAAUGGACGAAAGGGUGCCUCUUUAACGGAGAGUAAUGAUGGUGGUCUAAAGAGGAGGGAAUCUUCUUCAGACGAUAAUAGUUGUUCUUAUUCCAAGUAUGAGAAGGAGGAGCCAGAGUUCAAAGGACCAAUAAAGGAUUUAUCUCAGUAUAAAGAAUAUGUGCAGGAGUAUCGUGAGAAGUAUGAUAGCUACUGCUCAUUGAACAAGAUUUUAGAGUCCUACAGGACUGAGUUCCAGAAACUAGGAAGGGACCUUGAAAGUGCCAAAGGAAAGGAUAUGGAGAGGUAUUAUAACAUGUUGGAGCAGUUAAAGGAAUCCUAUCGUCAGUGUGGAACAAGACAUAAACGGCUGAAGAAAAUAUUCGUUGUGCUUCAUGAAGAAUUGAAGCACCUGAAGCUGAUGAUCAAAAAUUUCGCUGCUCUUUCAUAGUACAUGAGAUUGAUGCCCUUACCUGCUCGUGGACCCGUGGGUUGCCUGUUAAGAAAUCUCUAUGUUUCUCUUUACUUCAAGAAUGUGUUCCAGUGAAUGUGAGCAUAGGUCUUUAUCUGUGACAGUCAAUUCGCAAAUCAUUUUAAGGGAGACACGGAAUUGGAAGAAGCUUUGAGAUGUUCUGAUGAAGGAAGCUUUUACAAUUUACAUUGUUAUACACUUCCUGGGAUUGAAGUGGGAAGGCCACUUCACUUGAUGGGGUUUUCGGUGCAUAUCAAAGGAUAAGAAGAGUGAAUUCUGAGGUUGAUCUUUUCCAGUGGAUGUAUGUACAGAAGAUGAUGUAUGGUGUACGGUGUACCAUACGGUUUUAUGGCCCAAUUUUUGUAGAUUUUUGUGGCUGUUUUCGUUGCUCCUUCUGCAACACUGUAAGAAUGCCUUUUUUUUUUUUUUUUUCUUUUUUCUAAUUUAAAAAAAAAAAAAAAUUAUUUUCCCUCUUGAGCGGUUAUCCCUGCAAAUGAACGAAGUUUAACACAAUGUUCCUACCCCUUUAUGUAAUCAUGUCAAGUAUAUUGUUUGUCACCUCCUGUUAGAUCCAACUAAUUGGGACAAGGGUCCAAGAUGCACCCAAGAGCCACCAUUUGUACAGUUUAAAAAAAAAUAGAAAUAGGAUAUACGAUAAAAUUUAUUCUAGAAAUUUUAUGAUUCCUCUCCCUCUCCCCUUUUGGCUUUUUGGUAGAUCAAUAACACAGCACGCUUUUCCUCUUUCCCUUCUCUGAACUUUUGUUUGGAAUAAUAUACAGAAGACGAAAAUAGAAGAUGACAGCAUAUGUGUGUGUGUGUGUGUAUAUAUGUAUAUGUAUAUUUUUUUUUUCAAGGCAAA